AACAAAUAAAAGCUAGAGAGAGAGAAUUAAGAGACAUUUUCUUCGUCUUCAUCUUCUUCGUUUCAUUGGACGCAACACACACGCAUAUGAGGAUCAGGAAGCGUUUCUUGUCUCUUUCCGCAGCUAUUACUGCACCGCCGUCGUCGGAUCCUCACGGCGGUGACCACCAAUUACACAAACACCAACAGCCCCUACUGCUGGUGCAACAACAAGUGCACCCAAAUGGGAAUCUACGUGUUCUUUACGAUAAUACCCAGUCUCAGCCUUUCGAUCCUCCGCUAAAUCAUCGUGUCAGCCAUCUUCCACCGCCCUCCUCCGAUCACAGCACACAGAUCGGGUUUCAAACCACUGCUUGGACUCCCUCCGGUGCAGGCAGUGAGCCAAAGCAUCUUAUUGUUUCUCCUCACAAGGAGCUGGAAUCUGAGAAAGAAGAAACAAUCAAGACCAGUGAUACUUGCAGGAAAGAAAGCAUCGUGUGUGCAGAAGCAAGCAGCCGUGUUCAUAACACUGCUUCACUACCUCCACCACCAACAACUUCCCAUCUUGUGUUGAAAGGGUGGUUUGAAGGAGAUAGACUGAUUCCAAUAAAAAAGAGAAGAGGAAGCUUUGGGAAAGGAUCAGCUAACCAUGGUCUUGAGGAAGAUAACGAGAUGAUCAUUGAUGAAGGAACAAUGAAGCCGAAACCAAAGAAGUAUGCUAAAUACAUGGCAACAUGUAAGGAGGUGAAUACAAGUACAACGUAUCCAAAGAACAAGAAGAAUGGGAAGAGAGGGAAUGUGAUAAUGGAAGGAUCGAGGUGUAGCCGUGUAAAUGGAAGGGGGUGGAGGUGCUGCCAACAAACUCUUGUUGGGUACUCAUUGUGCGAGCAUCAUUUAGGUAAAGGAAGGCUUAGAAGCAUGAACAGUGUUCGGGGUCGAGCACAAAAGGUUAAAGUGAAAGAACAAGAUCAAGAAGUUGAAAUGACAUCGAUGGAUCAUACUGGUUUUGAAGAUGAUAAAGAUUGGGAGGAGGAAUCAGUGUCAUCUAUGGAGGGUAUGAAGAAGUUGACUAAAAAGAAGAAGCUUGGAGUGGUGAAGGCUCGAUCGUUAAGCAGCUUGUUGAGCCAAAUAGGCAGUUAAUAAUAAUGCAUGGCGUAGCUUAACGAAAAUUACAAGAAAGAAACAGGUGAUCAUAGCACGCAUGUACAUGUCAAUCAAAAUCCAGACAAUUACGAAAAUUUAUAUGUGAUAAUCCUAGUGCAACUCAUCUAUAAAAUGCUG